AUGGAUUCGUGGAAGAAAUUCACCAACAGCGUCACACCUCAGCUGCAGAGCUUCACCAACAAUGUCGGUCCGCAGUUUCAGAACAUCGGCAAGACGUUUGGCAACCUCAACCAGCAGGCUCGCGAGCGAUUUGGCGCCGUCGACCAGGAGGACAUCACCGAGCUGCCCCAGGAGUACAAGGAUCUCGAACGCCGUGUGGAUGCGCUCAAGAAUGCGCACACUGGGCUCAUGAAGGUCGCCAAGGUCUACGAGACUGAGAGCUACGACUAUCCUACGCAGCUGCAGGAAAGCAUCACGCAGCUCUCGGCGUCCGUGGGCCACAGUGUCACUUCGUGGGCCGCCUCUGCGACGCGCGGCACCAAUCUGCCCAAGGUCUCGCCCACCGCUCGACCCGAGAAAGUCAACAAGACGCUCCACCACGCGCUCUCCCGCGCCGCCGCCAGCGGUGCGCUUCAACUUGGUGCCGACCCAUCCAAACUCUCCGGCCUGCCGACGCUCGACACCGCCACGGCCCCCGGUAGCGAGGCACCCGUCAAGGACGACUCGAAGCUUGGCGAGGCGCUCCAGAAGUUCGCCAUCGCCGAAGACCGACUCGGCAACGCGCGUCUGACGCAGGACGACCAGAUCACCCAAGGCUUCAACGUGCCGUUCAACUCGUUUGGCGCCCAGAUCCAGCUCGCCAUGAAGGCCCGUCAGAGCGUCACCGACGCUCGUCUGCAUCUGGACAGCUGGAAGCAGUCGCUCAAGAGCGCAGAGAACUCGGGCGCUGCAGCGAAGCUCGAUCAGUACCGAAACGAGGUCGAGCAGGCAGAAGACAAGCUGGUUGCGGCUACGGAGGAGGCGAUCAGCCUGAUGAAGCAGGUCCUGGAGAACCCGGAGCCGAUCAAGAGCCUGAGCGCAUUUGUCAAGGCUCAGGCCGAAUACCACGCUGCCGCCGCCGAGCUGCUCUCGGGCAUCCAACAGGAGCUCGCGCAGCUCGCCACUUCGGUCGAGAGCGACUAUCGUCUCUCGCGUGGUUAA